GUUUAGGUUUAAAUUUUUUUAAUUAAAUUAUUUUUUAGUUACUCUGAACUAUUUACUACUCAUAAAUAAAAUGUAUUUUAUUCGGCAUUGUGUUUAUUUUAUUAUAAUAUCAAUUGCAUAUAAUACAGAUAUUUUAAUAGCUGUUAAGAAUAUUGAAGAAUUUGCCAAGCUUAUAAAUGUAAUACCAACAUGGCAUGCAAAAAAAGAAAACAUAGAUAAUAAAAAUUAUGAUAAAAUGUUAUAUAAGAUAAAUCAUGAAAAAAAAAUGAACACUGCAUUCCAUAAUAAAUUAAAGGGAAUAAUGUGUAUUUAUAGCUUUGCAAUACAAAAAAUUAUGUAUAUUUUAGAAAUGUUUCCAUUUUCUAACAAAUUGAAUCCUAUUGAUAAAAAAGAUUCCAAUGAAAAGAAACCUAAAGAAAGACGAGUGAGAUUUAAAAAUGAAAUUACGUUAAUUUCUAUUGAUGAUAAUGAUGACACAUCGAUAACAAUACCUAGUAUAUUAAAAAAAAAACCUAUUUUUUUAGCUGCUGGAAAAAUACGUACAGACAGUAUACCAGAAAUAACUAAACAAUUACAACCAAAUCAAGAAUACCGACUAAAUAUGUUUAAAAGUGCAGAUAUGCACUAUACAAUCCCUCUUGAAUAUGACGAUUAUAUCAAACUUUACCGUAAAGCUAUUGGUCGAAUGAUUUCCGUAUUACUAAUGGCUGCAGUAGUUCCAGCGAAUUGGAUAUGGACAAUAUACAAUAGAUUGCAUGCACUCGAACUAGGAAAAUUAAAUAUAGCAGAAUUUGUACAAAAUUCCAGUGAGCUUAAAUAUAAUAACGAUUUUAUCAAAAGUUGUAUAGCAAAUGAUUUUUUGGUGAAUAUUAGAGAAAAUGAUUUUAUUACAAAUUUAGAAUUUUUAAAGAAAAACAUGAAAGCUUCUAUCUCAUAUUUAAGAAAUAUUUAUUUAUUACCAUCCAAGGGGGGCAAAGAAAGCGAAUUAUUGCCUUUAUUCAAGUACGAGAAUAAAGUGGGAAUGCUUGAACUAUAUUGGAAUAGAACAUUUUCUAAAAAUGUUCUUCCUAUGCAGGACUGUCCUCAUAUUGAAAGUAAAAACAUGAGUAGAGUAUUAAAUAAAAUAAACGAUAAAGUUGGCAGAUCAUGGAAAAAAGAUCCAUUUAUAUCUUUGAAUUUAUACAUACUCAUUAAUAAUUUCAUGCAAAUAAAAUUGCUAUACCACGCAAUAAGACAUUUAAUAGGCUACUCCAGGAUGCGCUGGCCAAAAAGAAACGGAUUAAGAUCUAAACCAAAUAAACAAGCUCUAGAAAAACUGAAACUAUAUUUAAUACAUCCUUUAAAUAUUAUAUCGGAAAUAUUACAAUUUUUAACGUUUCAAAAAAUAAAUGUUUUCAAAGAAUUAAUUCAAAUUUUAAGUGAACAUAAUUCUUUAACCGAGGCUUAUCUGAAUAAACACAUUAAUUCUUUAUUGGAAAAACUCGAAAAAAGAUUGACAAUGUACCAUUUGUUCGAUCCCUUAAAAUUCGAUAAAAUUAAAAAUGAUAUUCCAACAUUAGAUAUUAGUUAUCCCAUUAAAACCGAAUGUCAUGACUCUUUAACUGAGUACUUUCAAGUAUUUUCUAAGGCUAUUCAACCAUUGGACUUUAAGAUAUCUUAUAUGUUUGAGUUGAGUAAAAAAAAAAAUUGGGAACUAUUAUGAAGAAUGGUUUUUUAUUACACAAAACACGAAAUUUAUUUGACUUUUAUAACUUCUCAUAGUAUUGAAAUAAAUAAAUUGUAAUACAGUUUUUAUGUUUAUACACAUUCAUAACUAUUUGAUGACUUAUAUACAUAUAUUUAUUUAACAGAUUGAAAUUAUUGAGUUUAGUUGAGUUAAUUACUUUUACUUUUAUUAUAAAUCGAUUAAAUUCAAUACUCGAACGAUAUUUAUAGUAGAUCUUUACUGUUGUAUUUUUAUGAACGAAGCAUGUUCUAGCGUUCAACAUUUUAAUCUAGCUGUAAUUAUGAAAUUGUGCAAUAUAAAAUACCAGUCAUAAAUAUAAUUGUUUAAUAUUUUUAAUGUAA